AGGUGAGAGCGCUGGAGAGAGAGGGAUCCUGGCGAGUCUCAUUUGAACCUGAUAGGCCUGAUCUUGUUCUCGUGAAUCACGAUGGCUACGUCGACCGCGCCGUCAGGGAAGCCGAACACCAGAUUCUCAACUUUGAAGGUGUUCAAGUUUGCAGCAUCGGGCUCCAAACCUCCCCCUCCUCCUCCGAAAGAUCCGUACUACCUCGCGAAUCCGUCUCUCACUUCCUUGUCCGUGGAUUCGCUUUCUUCACAACCUGUCACGCCCAUGUCGACGUAUACUCCCAGUACCCGCAGUCCCUCUCCAAGCCCAUCCUAUACCAUCAGUCGCUACCCCACCAGAGAGAUGGGUCUUUUGCCGUCCAGUUCCACGCUUUCACCGGAAAACGCUGGCUCUCGGAAGGCCAUAUUCAAGUUACCUUCGUUCACGCGACGUCCAAAGACACCAAAACCAUCAAAGUCCAAUCUGUCAGACGACUCGCAACCCCCAGAACCCGUCGAUGAUCCGUCCAUCUCGAUGCCAUGGAACUUCCAGCACAAUAUUCAUGUUGAUGAAGGGUACGAGUCGUUCAGCUAUUGUUUCUCUGUUUUCGAGAACUGUUGCCAUAACGUGGUGCGUUCGCGACGCGAACUUGGAGAACGCCAUUUCCUCCGGAGCAUAGUCGCAUGUAUUGUUAAUAGAAUGCUGACGUAUCUCUUAUACUCUAGGUUUGCUGGUCUCCCUCCAACGUGGUCGUCUUCAUUAGCCGGUAUGGGUUUCUCACCAGAAGAAAUUGCUGCUAUAAAUGCCCGUCGAGGUGCUGGUCGUUCUCCGUCACUGUACCCUGUCCAAAGCAUACGAUCUAAUUCUCCAGGGCCUGCUCUGGGCGUAUCACGUCCUAACCCCCGCUCGAGUUCGCUACGUCGUGACGUAUCGGACACGUCGCUUUCACAACAGUCAGACUCAUCUGAGCCUGUUAUAUACUCAAGAAACGUAUCCAGGCAAUACUCAGAGUCGUCGGACACACAUUCAAGUGAUCAUAUGCACUCCGAGAGCAGGCCCACCGCCCGUCCAUUGCAUGUUACCCCACUGCGCUCUGCAACCGCACCGAUACCCUCGACAGUGCCCAUGGCAUCGCCUGGUCCGGCACGCGUCCCAUCGGAAUUCUCAACUUCGACGUCCAGCUCAAAGGACCGCCCUCCAAGAGAACCGCCACGGCGAGCGUACCAUAUUGCAAAUGCGUCCGUCGGUACGAUUUCCUCUCCUCCUCCCGCAUACAAUAGCUCUCCCAAGGCCCAGACGCCACUGGAUGCCGCAGACGAAAGCAUGACAUUACCACCACCUAUUACUACCACGCUCGAUUCCGACUCUGACCACGAACCAUCGAGUGACAACGGCUCGGAAGAACAUUUGGAACCCAGUUCUAGCAAAGCACCUACACUAUCGUUCACGGCUCCACCACGAUUGUCACUCCACCAGGAUACCUCACUUGACUUGUCAAGUUGGUCCGAAUCCCUGUUUUCCAUCAUCCCUGAUAAUGACAAGAAGGAUUCUAUUGCAUCGACUUCUACAGCAGCCUCUUCCUCUACCUUACUCUCAGCUAAUACCAAAGUGUUGUCAUCGUCACCGUCGUCGCAGACCCGGUUGACACCCACCCAAAAGCCCAUCCCCCUAAGCAGUCUUCCCACGCGUAAGAAUGCUUCUUCAUCUCCACCGCAACUCACGCCUUCUCCGAAGUCGCCCACGCCGCCCGAACGGACGACGCCCCUUUGGAACGAGGUGAUGAACCUUGUGCGCUCCGCUGACUCGGAAACGCCCCCUACCAGUCCCUCCCCUACCACACCUUUCACGCCGUACUCUGCAUCUGCACGGAACCGGCCAAGCAUCACAGUCGAAGCUGAGACUGGCCUUGGUGAGGAUGACUUACCCGUGGGUAGUUCACUUCGUGACAAGGAGAAUCGGGAUUCUAGCAUGUCGACGAUGACGGUGACUCCUGCAACUAUUGUUCGCGACAUCACCGUCGCUACGCGCGCGAGAGCGAAUGUCGUGCAGUCGCCAAUGCGUGACAGUGCUGCUAAACGUAUGACAAUGACGUCGACGGGUUCAAUUGUUGACGGAUGCGACGUUGAUUCUACUCAAGGCGAUCGUUCGUAUUCUCCGCAAAGCUUGGAGUCGCAUUCUUCAGGCUCUUCGGGUGCUGCAUCUUUCGCUACCGUUGGCUCGACGUCUUCCAGCUCGAGAGCGCCUACGCUUGCUUCUUCUAAAGCACCUCAAUGGAAAGGCAAAGGCUCGGCGCUAUCCACAUCAGACGACGAUGUUCCUUACAUCGAAUCAUCUCCUGCCCCAUCUCCCCGUGGUAUGCACUUCGAUGACACAACAACGAUGAUCACCACUGCCACUGUACGGAAAGUCAGAAACGCAGAAGUUGGUGUGGACGUGCUCGAGAGACCUUCCGUAGUCGUGGAUGACAUCUCUCCCGAGGACACCGAGCUGUCAACUCCCUCGUCUCGGUCGGACAAGUCACCCUCGCCUGUAGCAUCGCCAGUCACUCCGGCACCGCGUUAUCCAGGCUGGGUAUCAGCCGUGGUUGCGCCUCUGCAAGACUUCAUCGACGACAAAGCUGAUCCCCGAGACCUGUUCGCCGGUCUGCAGGAGAUCGCGGAGGGGGAGAGUGGCUCCGUUUACGUGGCCCGUCUGCUAAGCGGCGGCCCGUCGUCUGUGUCCCUAAAUGCCGAGCCAUCGUUUGUGGCUAUUAAGCAAGUGGCCUUGUUGCCGCCUGGAUCGUCGAAGCUACUUGACCUUGAGCGCGAAUUGAAGCUAUUGAAAGGGUUGGCGCAUCCACAUGUUCUGAACAUGAAGUCGCUCUAUGUUGAUAUUGUGGAUGAUGCGUUGUGGAUACGUAUGGAGCUCAUGGAUCGGAGUGUUGCGGAUAUUGUUAGUCUUGUGGGUGAGGGUUUGGUGUUGCAGGAAAAGCAUAUGGCGCAGGUGGCUAGCGACGUCAUUCUUGCCCUUGAUUUCUUACGGACGCGGGGGAUUGCUCAUAGGGAUGUACGAUCGGAUAACUUGCUGCUGAACUCUGGUGGUCUUGUGAAGCUUGCCGACUUCUCGAAUGCGGUUCAAGUUGACAAGUCGAGUCCUCAUCGGACGGAUCCUGCGGGAGUCGUAUACUGGCAAGCGCCUGAAAUGCGAAGCGGCUCCUACAAUGUCCUCAAAGUCGACGUAUGGUCUCUCGGAGCCACAGUUUGGGAGAUGGCACAGGCUGAACCUCCGUUCUCUGACAUCACAAAUGCAAGCGAAUUGAGCGAGCGAUGGCAACCGCUCGAUCAACCUGAAAUCUACUCACGAUCUUUCCAUGAUUUCCUUCAUCUAUGCUCUGAACCCGGCUCGUCACGACCAGAUCCUCACGAAUUGCUUAACACUCCUUUCAUUCGCAGUGCAAGCGGACACGCAUCUAUCUCCCAACUACUCUCACAAUGUAAGGCUAUCGAAGAGGGGCUUUCGAGGCGGCGUAGCGUCGAAUCCCAUGGGACAAUCUCUGCUUAAAGUUUAUUCAUUCCAUUAUAUACCCUUACUCAUUUACGCGCACACAUACAUAUUAGUUCCUUACUUACGACCAUUCGGACUUUUGUCUACUCUCUUCACACUCCACACUCCACACACACAUUCAUCCACUCGCUUUCUUUGUUGCAUUUUUUUUUUCUUUUCUCUUUCCUUUUUUUUGGUUUGCGGCGAGCUGGGAGCUUGCACGUUAACGUACACUUUUGACCCCUGCAUCUAUCUGUCUUGUUAGAUCUAUUUUUUUCUUGCAAUCGGAAUCUUAUUCGCGGGUCUUCGUGCCCUUGAUUGAUUGU